AGAGAAUCCGAAACACGCAAUAUUUUAGUUAUUUUAUCUCAAAACUUGAUAUAUUUGAGUCUAUAAAAGAAGUGCGCACAUUUAAAUAAUCAUAGUGAGAAAUAUCCGCAAACAUGAAAUUGAUUUUGAUACUCUCAGCGCUUCUUGUUGUGGCUGUGGCCGCUCCAAAGGGACUUUCCCAGGAUGGGUUUUGUCUUUUUAAAGGCAAACUCAAGGCCGUCCACGAGAAAUGCCAGGCCGACCCCAAGACUGCUGCCGACAACGACUUGGUGAACAAAGUGUACGACGGGGUCUUCACAGACGACGAAAAACUCAAAGCGUCUACGAAGGCUUGGAGUUUAUCACUGCUGACAACGUGAUCAACGAAGAGAAAAUGAAGGCCAAAUGGGCCUCAAUGCACAGCGAAGCUGAAAUCCAAAAAGAGUUUCAAAAAUGUUUGGUGAAGAAGGAAACAGCUGUAGAGACCAGCUGGGCCAUGAUACAAUGCGAAUUGACUGUUCGGGUGCAAAUAUUUAUCAAUAAUUUUUAUUAAAUAAAUAACCUAUUUGUAAAGAUUUUGUUUUCUUGUUACCUACGAGGGAGAUUUGAUAAGUCGGUGACUUUUUGAAUAAAGACAUUUUUUCG